AUGCGUUUCAUCCCCGCUCUGCUCGCCCUGGCCAUCCCGCUGGCCAUCACCGCCAGCCCUAUCCCCGAGGAAGAAGCACCGCGUCUCCCCGGCGCCAGCCCGGCUGACCCGGGCGCCCUCUUCGAGCGCGCCACCCAGCUGUGCAAGAUCAUCAGCAGCGAUGGCGACGUCAAGUGCCGCGCGAAGCCGUCGUUCAGUGGUGCCGUGAAGCAUUCGUUCCCGAAUAACUCGGUGUGGUAUUUUAAGUGCUAUAAGUCGAGUGAUUGCUAUAAUGGGAACUGCACCUGGGACUACAAUGCCGACUAUGACUGCUAUGUCAAUGGCUACUAUACCAGUGACAACUGCAGCGUCAGUAAGUUGGAUACAUCCAUCAAUUCCUAA